GCGCACUCCUCCCCGCGAGCACUCAGGCAAAGUGUAAAAAUGGCGUCCAUCAUGGAGGGGCCGCUGAGCAAAUGGACUAACGUCAUGAAGGGGUGGCAGUACCGCUGGUUCGUUCUGGACUAUAACGCCGGGUUGCUGUCUUACUACACUUCCAAGGACAAGAUGAUGCGUGGCUCUAGAAGAGGCUGUGUGCGACUUCGGGGAGCUGUGAUUGGAAUCGAUGACGAGGACGACAGCACUUUCACCAUCACCGUGGACCAGAAGACUUUCCAUUUUCAGGCCCGUGACGCAGACGAGCGGGAGAAGUGGAUUCAUGCCUUAGAGGGGACGAUUCUUCGCCACACCCUUCAGCGGGAGGCAGAAACAGGAUUCGUUCCCAGCGUUCAGGACUUCGACAAGAAGCUAGCUGAAGCGGAUGCGUAUUUGCAGAUUUUAAUCGACCAAUUAAAGCUCUUUGAUGAAAAGAUUAAAGACUGCAAGGAAGAUGAAUCACGCAGAAAAAUCGAGAACCUGAAGGACACGACUUGUAGUAUGGUAGAGUCCAUCAAACACUGUAUCGUACUACUACAGAUUGCCAAGGAUCAAAGUAGCGAACAGCAACACGCAAACGGACUGAUAAGCACCAUAAACCCAGUGGAUGGGGUAUUCCAGCCUACCCCUCUCAACACUUCUGUAGUCAGUGCCAGUGCCAUGCCAACGCAGACCACUCUACCCACAGAUGGAGCUCAGGUGUGUAAAACGGAACAGAGGCCUUCUUCUUUACCCAUGGGCCCUGUUGUCACGGUGAUGGGCAGCCUUCAGACACCCACUCCCAACAGCACAGGGAGUGGUCCCUCAGCUCCCAGCAGCAGCGUGACUUCACCCAGUCACAUGAACGUACCGCCCCACACUGUCCCUGACUUCUCCUAUUCCAGCAGUGAAGAUGAGUUUUACGAUGCAGAUGAGUUUUAUCAGAGCAGUACCUCACCGAAACACUGCAUAGAUCCAAAUAGAACCGCUGCUGUGAACAGUGAAGACAGCACAGCCUUAAAACGGCCAGACACCAACGAAUCAAUCAACUCCUCCAUGUCGAAUGGUACCACUGAUGCAGAUCAGUUUGACAGUCACGAUGAGAAAGAUGACGACGGCGAGGGCGAAUCUGUGGAAGAACACAAAAGUGUCAUCAUGCAUCUGCUGUCUCAAGUGCGACUGGGCAUGGAUCUCACCAAGGUCGUCUUGCCGACAUUUAUCUUAGAGCGGAGGUCAUUGUUGGAAAUGUAUGCAGAUUUCUUUGCACACCCGGAUUUGUUUGUAAGUAUUGCAGAGCAGCAGGAUCCAAGGGACCGCAUGGUGUAUGUGGUAAAGUGGUACCUCUCGGCCUUUCACGCUGGUCGGAAAGGAUCUGUGGCUAAGAAGCCCUACAACCCAAUUCUGGGCGAGGUGUUCUUCUGUCACUGGGACCUGCCUUCUGAAACUGAGGAUCCUGCUGCUUCUGAGUCUGUAUCAGACGGGCCAGUGCCGUGGAGUAGCAAAAACAGUGUGUCUUUUGUGGCAGAGCAGGUUUCUCACCACCCUCCUAUAUCUGCGUUUUAUGCUGAGUGUUUCAGCAAAAAAAUCCAGUUCAACGCCCACAUCUGGACGAAAUCAAAGUUCCUUGGAAUGUCAAUUGGUGUCCAUAACAUUGGUCAAGGUUGUGUGUCUUGUCUUGAAUAUGAUGAGCACUAUAUUCUUACUUUUCCCAAUGGCUACGGGAGGUCAAUCCUCACUGUUCCAUGGGUUGAGUUGGGUGGAGAGUGCAAUAUUUCCUGUUCCAAAUCUGGCUACAGUGCCAAUAUAGUUUUCCACACCAAACCAUUCUACGGAGGAAAGAAGCACAGGAUAACUGCUGAGAUAUUUGCUCCCAAUGAUAAGAAGUCAUUCUGCUCCAUCGAGGGAGAAUGGAAUGGUGUGAUGUAUGCAAAAUACGCUACCGGGGAAAAUGCAGUAUUCAUUGACACAAAGAAAAUAGGCAUUAUUAAGAAGAAGGUGCGGAAAUUGGAGGACCAGUUGGAGUAUGAAUCCAGAAGUUUGUGGAAGGACGUGACCGUGAACCUGAAACUGAAGGACAUUGAUGCUGCAACGGAAGCCAAACACAGGCUGGAGGAGAAACAGAGGGCAGAGGCCAGAGAAAGGAAGGAGAAGGAAAUGCAAUGGGAGACGAGACUGUUUCAUGAGGACGGUGAAUGCUGGGUCUACGACAAGCCUCUCCUGAAGCGACUAACAUCACAACGACACUGAGGCCCUUUCCAAAACCCACAGAGUCUGGCAAACAGAACUCUCUCGCAAACCACUUUUCUUAUUCAGCCUUGGAAUGACUGACGAAUGAACCCUUACAGCUUUGCAUUUUCGAAGUUUGAACGAAUGACAAAAAAAAAAAAAAACUUAAUCUAUACAAAUAAAAAAACCUCCCUGCUCACUAGUUCAACACUUCCACCUCUAUCACCCUUUGAGGAAGAAAAAAACAUCACGAAAACACAGAAGACGUGUUCAGAAGCCCGUCAGCAUCACAAAUCAAACAAGCGCUCUCGUCUCGGCAAAAGAAGAACGAUCCCAGUGGAUGUCUCUCUCUCUCUCUCUCACUCUCACUCUCCUGAGGGGUUGAGGUGUUUUUAUCGAACAAACUCUGAAAACUACAGCGUUCUGUAUCUCAGGGAAGCAGCAGACUGAGGAUUGAAGGCUGUAUCUUAAUGUUCGAAAAGCCUUAACGGUGGAACCACAAAGUAAACAAAAGGAGAACUUGGUUCACAUACUGCUAGCUACAGCUAUUUAUAUAUAUAUAGAAGAUAUGAUAUAUUCUUGUUUUCCUUUUAUCUCCUUUCUCUAGGGCAAUAGUAACUGUUUGAUUAUACGUACUCGACGGCAGCCAUUCCCUUUAUGUUCCACUCCAUCAUCAGCCUUUCAUGCUACAAAAAGCCACAAUGAGCAAAAUUUACCAUUUAUAUUACGGGGCUGAAAUCUGCCAUGGUUAUAAUUCAUUCCGAUUAUGUUUUUUUGUUUUUUGGGAAUGAUUUGAUAUGCUCUAGCGCCUCGGGGAGGCUGUUUUUUUAUAGAAUGCUGCUUGAGUGUCCACAUAAUUUAUCAACUUAGUAUAAAGUUGGACUGUCCAGUAGGAAAUCGUAACGGUGCACAAUAAAACCAUUCAACAAAUUUGUGCUUAUCCCGCUGAGGUCAAGCAAUGUUAUCACAAAUUGCCCUGCAAUCUCUCUUUCUGUGAAAUGUCACAUUUUAAUCCAAAUAAAUAUACAUUUCAUAUA